AAAAGUGGUGUGGGUGCUUUACAGGAAGAUUGUGUUUGUCCACACAGAGCCAUCCCAUUUACGCCAGUGGCUGUAUGACUAGCUGAACCGAGAGAGGGACAGACAGUUGAAGAGGAGCAAGAGCACAGGGCCUUGUGUAUUUCACAUCUGAUGGUAGAAACACAUCUUCUGUGAAAAAGAACGGAUUCUCAUUUUGAUCAUUUUUGUUUCAUUUUAUUUUCUUAACACCAGGAUUGUUGUUCACAUCUGACGUUUCUUUUACACCCAAUCACCUGCCGAAGAAGCAGAGAAUGGUGGCCAGGUUGAUCUUCUGCAACAAAAGCUUGUUCUGAAUGUGUUCCACAGCCAACUAUGCUCUCCCUCUGAGGAGAACCUGUGAGGUAAGUCUUUGUAGGAACAGGGAAAAACAAAGGAAACCCAAAAUAUAUACGCUUAUGUACGAGGUCAUGAUUUGUCUUUACUUUCACAAGGUAUUAGCCAUUCCAGGCAGGCAGUGUGGCGGAGUGUCCAUGUCAAAUAAUUACCCUGGAGCCAGGUCUCAUGGAGCUCCUCAGGACACAGAGAUGGAUGUGGCUUGGCAGGAGCUGAUGGCCAUCCCAGAGCUGCAGGAGUUUGAAGUCUCCAGCGCAGGCUCCUAUGAGGCAGCACAGUACCAAAGCAUGGAGCCCAUGGUCCCUGUGGGAGGGUACGAGAUGGCUCAGUCCCACUCCGAGGCCCCGCCCGCCGCCUGCGCGCUCGGCACUGCCGACACUUACGACGGAUGUUACCAUCGCCCGGGCGACGGCGCGGCGAUGUACGGACACAGCGGCUCUCAGCACAUUCAGCGAAUGCUCCCCGUCUCGGGUCACACGCAGCCCCCGCACAUGGCUCUCAGGGAACAGGUGAACGUGGCCGGCAUCAGCCAAGGGCACAGGAGGGCCACCACCGGUCUCUCUCAGGAUCCACGGCAGCACAUGCUUUGGACCGCACAUGGACAAGGUUCACACGUUCUCCCGGCUGAUGAUCUAGAGUCAGACUCGGGGCUUUCUCUGGGUUCCAGUCCCCCUUUGGCCUCCCCGGAUAAUCCCGUUGGUGGUGCACCAGGUUACCAGAGUGUAGACGUGGGCAUGACAUAUAGCGACGGAGAACCCGACAGCAUGGCUGAACACGCAAGAAGAGCAAACAUCCAUUACUCCAUGGAGUACCAGAGUGCAGCCUUCUCAUAUUUACACCCAGGUGCACAUCCUUCUUAUUAUUCUACAGAACCAACUUUAUCUCACCCUCAACCCAACGUUCUGACUCGGCCAGUGAAACCGCAGGGUCAGGGCUGUGCCCUGGGCGACCUGACCAUUGAGUCGGGGGCGUCCAGCAGAGGGAGCUCACAAUGCAACAUGUACGCAAAGCCACAAGGAAGUAUCUCCACUCCGGCUCCACUAAGCAGAGACGAGCGGCGGGCAAUGUCUUUGAAGAUCCCCUUUCCAAUGGAGAAGAUUAUAAAUCUACCUGUGGAUGACUUCAAUGAGCUCCUGACACAAUAUACUCUGACAGACCAUCAAUUGGCCCUGGUCAGGGACAUCAGACGGAGAGGGAAAAACAAGGUGGCUGCUCAGAACUGCAGGAAAAGGAAGCUUGAGAGCAUAAUUCAUCUUGAAAGAGAACUGAACCAGCUGCAGGCCCAAAGAGAGCACCUGGCCAAGGAGAGGGUCGAGUUCCAGCGCAGCUUGACCUUCAUUAAAUGUCACCUUACAGAUCUAUAUUCAAAAGUAUUCUCUCACUUAAGAGAUGAGGAAGGACAACCAUACUCCGUUGACGAGUAUGCCCUUCAGCAGACGUCGGAUGGUAAAAUUUAUUUGGUGCCUAACGCAACUAUGCAAAAAAGAGAGCAAUGUUGAUAAUCGAUUACCCCAUGAUACAAAUCCCUUUAGAAAGGCUUCAUGCUGAAAUGUGCCAAUCCAAAGUAUAUGAACUUAAUUUCUUGUGGUAUGACUUGAGA